AUGGGUCUGGAGAAGUCCCUCCUUCUGUUUUCACUGCUUGUCCUGGUGCUUGGAUGGGUCCAGCCUUCCCUGGGUGUGGAAUCUAGGGAAACUCAGACCCAGAAGUUUCAGAGGCAGCACAUGGACGAGGAGGGUCACUUCCCGAGCAGCCCCACCUACUGUAACCAGAUGAUGAAGAGCAGGGGGAUGACCUCGGGGUCGUGCAAGCCGAUGAACACCUUCGUGCAUGAAUCCUGGGAAACGGUCCAGGCCAUCUGCUCCCAGGGACAAGUGACCUGCAAAAACGGGAAGAGCAACUGCCACAAGAGCAGCUCCACCCUGCACAUCACUGACUGCCGCCUGAAGGGCAGCUCCAAGUAUCCCAAAUGCGACUACACAACCACUGACAGCCAGAAGCACAUCAUCAUUGCUUGUGACGUAGUCCACUACGAUGCUUCCGUGUAG